CGAGACAACAAAGAGCAGCAACAUGGCAACCAGGAGAGCCUGGACGCAGGGGAUGGAGCAGAGGCUCAUUGAGCUGUGGCAGACGCACGAGUGCCUCUACGACGUGUCUCACGAUCUGUACCACAACAAAGCAGAGAAGGAGCAUCGGUGGGCGGAGGUGGCCGAUGCUCUGCAGCAGUCGGUGGAGGAGGUUAAAACCAGAGCCGUGUCCUUGCGGACGCAGUUCUCCAGACUGGUGAAACCGAGACCAGGAGACAGUUGCGGCAAAGCCCUGACUGCUAGGCAGAGGUGGCUGCUCAGAGUGCUGGACUUCCUCACCAACCACAUCGUUCACCGGCCAUGCAAAAGCCCUCUCGGUGGAUCAAACGUCAAACACGAUGACAUGGAUGACCCCGAUCUGUCCGAUUCCACGUCAGACAGCACAUCCAGCACCCCACUUCCCCCCGAGUUCCCAGAUGAAGGAACAUCUGCGGUGACUGUCGAGGAAAUACCUUCCCCCGUCUCCAACGGCAGCAGGAAGACGCAGGCGGAGACCAGCAGCAGCAGCAGGGGGGUGAAGCGCAGGGGAAGUUCAGAAAAUGACAUUGAGUUGCAGAAACUUGACUUCUUAAAGCGGAUGGCCGCCAGAGUGGAAGCAGAGCCGGUGCCGGACGCGUUCACGACGUUUGGGAACCAGGUUGCAUCGGAACUGAGACUACUUCAAGACCCAGCACUUGUCACUUCUUUGAAAAGGAACAUAAUGAACCUGAUCUACGACUCUCAGGACACCGAAAGACAGAGGACGUCCCCUAUACCUCCUACACCGCACACAUUUCAGCCUCUUAUUUCGUCCUCACCUCCAGCACAACCGCCUCCUCAAGUCCGACAGGAAUGGCGCAAAAAGAAAAAGAUAAAGAAAGAAAUUGAGAGUUUUGUUGUGGACUAAUUACAUUUCAGGUUAGGAUGCAGUUUUUCCUGGUAGGUAAAAAAACUUUCUCGAUCUUCUUACAGUUGGGGAAAUUUUCUAUGAAACUGUGGCUGAAGACUUUCAAAGCUCUUGUCAGAGACUUGUGGCCAAAGUUUAAGACACCCAGUGCAAGUUGUGUCUGUUGAAGAGGAAGAUGCUGGUUUCUGAGGCAAAAGGAUGUUCUUUUUCAGCAACAAGGAAAUUCAAAGUGAAGAAUACACUUAAUCUCUUGGCAUUUUCUGUAUUAACUUAACAAAAAAACAACAGAUUUUUUUUUUGUUACUUAGUAAAUCACAUUUAUAUCUAUACAUUCAUAAUUUAUUUUCCACUAAUCCAUGUCUGGGUCUUGGAAGCAGCAUCCUGAGCAGAGAGGUCCAGACCGCCGUCUUCCUGGCCUUUUGCUCCUCCAGCUCCUCCAGGGGAGUACUAAGGUGUUCACUUGCUAGUCAGGAGAUAUAAUCACUCUGCCGUGUCCUGGGUCUUCCCUGACGCCUCCCUCUGGUUGGUUCUACUAAAUAUUUUCCCCGUAAAGAAGAUGACACUUUGUAGUUGUAGUGGCCUUUUAUUGAUGGCAUUUAAAUCAUGAAAGGAGGCAUAAAGAAAAGGUAGAAAGAUAAUCGGUACCACCAAGACUGUAGCAUCUGGGUGAGGCAACCAGUGCAGGUACUACAUAUUGUUACACAGUUGUAGUAUCUUAAUGAAUAAACAAUAAUGUCAUAUUAUAUGUUUUGUUUCAUAUAAAGCUGCACUGCAUAGCGAGAUAGAAAGCGUUGUGCUUCGUUUUAACAUAUAAUGACUGGUGGUAAGUCAGGAAGCUGGACUCUGUUAGGGUUGAACUUUGUCCCUAGUUCUGUUCAUAGUAUUAAUGGAAAUAAUUUAUUGGGGCGGAGAGAGGUUGGAUUUGGUCGUCUUGGAAUUACAUUUCUCCUUUUUGUGGUUUAAUUGGUCCUGUUGACUUGCCCCAGUGUGAAUCAACUCCUGCAAAUCGGAGGCCGUGGUUCUCGGUGGGAAAAGGGGGGAAUGUCCUCUCCAGGUUUGGGAUGAGGUGCUUCCUCGUGUGAAGGAGCUGAAACAUAUUCAGUUAUGUUCACGAGUGAGAGAAGAACGGAGCAGUUACAAACCUAACUGAGGUCACUAACUAUGUAGUGACAGAAAGAAUGAGAUCCUAACAGGUUGACGCUGACGCUGGCUGAAUGUUUUCUGUUUUAUACAUGCAUUGUAUGCAGAGCCUUAAAUAUUUUUAUUGUAUUUAUUUAUUUAUUUCAUGGGAGACACACCACACGCCUCUCCCAGCCCACCUUUCACAAGUUCCUCAUUUGCAAACUUGUACAACAGCAUUGCGUUAACUCUUACGGCUGUUGUGGAAAACAUGUUCUGCAACGAUAUUUUGUUGGAAGACUUUUUUCAGUUUCUGCAUCCAUGUCAUGCUUGUACUUUACUGAGUUUGUUUAGUUGAAAAAAAGUCUUGAUGUGCUCCUUGAACACAAAAACAGAGUCUUGACUUAUCAAACAUGCUUCCACUGAACUGAUACUUGUUACAGAAGCUGGAUUAAAACAAUACCAUUCUCAAUCAACGCUUGUCAUGAGUGCAGUUCAUAUUUAUAUCCACUAGAGGGAGACUGCCUGAAAUGUGUCGUGGUUUGUA